GGGAUCCGAACAAGGGGACUAGUGGCAGGCUGUGGGGUGCAUUCGCCUACAUUGAAUAAGCGGAUCACACGGGCUGUCAACUUUAUUUGGGAAAAUGACGAAAAUCACAGUAGUCAAAACCAAGGCAUAUCCCGACCAGAAGCCUGGUACGAGUGGCCUGAGGAAAAGGGUGACAGUCUUUCAAACGAAUGAGCACUAUGCAGAGAACUUCAUUCAAAGCAUUAUUUCUUGCAUCGACCCAGCGGAGCGUCAGCCUGGACUGCUCGUAGUGGGAGGAGAUGGAAGGUUUUUCAUGAAAGAUGCCAUUCAGUUGAUCAUCCAGAUCGCCGCUGCUAAUGGGAUCGGCCACCUGAUCAUCGGUCAGGAUGGCAUCAUGUCCACCCCUGCUGUGUCCUGUGUGAUCCGCAAGCUCAAAGCUGUGGGAGGAAUCAUCCUCACGGCCAGCCACAACCCCGGUGGCCCCAACGGAGACUUUGGCAUCAAGUACAACAUAGCCUCCGGAGGUCCUGCUCCAGAGGGAAUCACAGACAAAAUCUUCCAGAUCAGCAAGAGCCUAACAGAGUACCACAUAUGCCCUGACCUCAAAGUGGACAUCUCCAAGAUCGGCAAGCAGACUUUCAAUGUGGACACGUUCAAGCCCUUGACAGUGGAGAUUGUGGACUCUGUGGAGGCCUACGCUGAGAUGCUGAGGGGAAUCUUCGACUUCCAUGCCUUGAAGGGGCUGGUGUCUGGAGCCAAUCACAUUAAAGUCCGUCUGGACGCCAUGCAUGGCGUGGUUGGACCCUAUGUGAAGAAGAUCGUUUGUGAGGAGUUGGGCGCUGCCGCCGAUGGUGCUUUCAACUGUGUCCCGAAGGAGGACUUUGGUGGUCACCACCCUGACCCUAAUCUGACCUACGCUUCUGACCUGGUCAACGCCAUGAAGGGAGGAGAGUACGACCUCGGAGCCGCCUUCGACGGGGACGGUGAUCGUAACAUGGUCCUGGGAAAGCAUGGCUUCUUCGUCAACCCAUCGGACUCUGUAGCCGUCAUCGCAGCCAACAUCACCUGCAUCCCCUACUUCCAGAAGACUGGGGUCAAAGGUCUGGCCCGCAGCAUGCCCACAAGCGGAGCUCUGGACAAUGUGGCUAAAGCCCUGAAGAUGAAUCUGUAUGAAACUCCUACUGGCUGGAAGUUCUUCGGCAACCUUAUGGACGCUGGCAAGCUGUCUCUGUGCGGAGAGGAGAGCUUCGGCACUGGCUCUGAUCACAUCCGUGAGAAGGAUGGCUUGUGGGCGGUGCUGGCCUGGAUGUCCAUCCUAGCCCACAGGAAGCAGAGUGUGGAGGAGAUCAUGAAAGACCACUGGAACAAAUUUGGCAGGAACUUCUUCACCAGGUAUGACUAUGAAGAGGUGGACUCGGACAAAGCCAACACCAUGAUCAAGGAGCUGGAGGCUACGAUGUUUGACAAGUCCUUUGUGGGCCAGAAGUUCUCGUCAGGAGAUAAAAGUUAUGAGGUGGCAGUCUCUGACAACUUUGCCUACACCGACCCCGUGGACGGCAGCGUCUCCAAGAACCAGGGUCUGAGGAUCGUCUUCUCCGACGGCUCCAGGAUCAUCUUCCGUCUCAGUGGGACAGGCAGCGCCGGGGCAACCGUCAGGCUCUACAUAGACAGCUAUGAGAAAGACCCCGCCAAGAUCUACGGCGACGCACAGGUCAUGCUGAAACCUCUGGUGGAGAUUGCACUGAAGAUCUCUGGGCUCCACGAGAAGACCGGACGCACGGGCCCCACUGUGAUCACAUAGACUGACAUGCUCUGCCACACCCUUCAAGGUACCUCAGUCCUUUCAACCGUCCAACUUGUGCCUACCCUCUGACUUCCAGAAGAACAAUCUCACCUCUACCCUAAUGUCCAAACAAAGCCUUCAAAGCCAACACUUUCAUUCACCAUGAAUAAAAAGUCAUUACAAAAAAACAA